UCCUCCGGACGGAGCGCAGCAACCCCCUGUCUCAGCGGCACUUUUGCGCCAGACAAGUAGGGACGGUCGUUCGCUUAGCACCCGAGAAGAAGAAACAGGGCUCCGGGAAUUACUGAGGUGUCUUUGGCGAAGAAGACUUCAUCUCUUCCUCUUAUUUUUUGUGUGUGUCUCCCCAUACACACGCGAGUUCGCAAAGAUGAACGUUGGCUGCGUCAUCCUGGCGUGCACCUUACUUCUGGGCGCAUCCUCGGGGAGUAAGGCGGGCCAGGCCCUCAAACCCCCGUGCAGACCAGGCUUCUCCCAGAACUUCUACACGGUGAUCGUCUCCAGAGACGCACUGCACGGCCAGAGCAUUGUCAAAGAUACCACCCUGUCCAGUGAACGUGUGAAGUUCGAGGAUUGCCAGCGCAGCAGAGAGGUGGGAUUUGUCAGCAGCGACCCCAACUUCAGCGUGAGGCCCGACGGGGCGGUGUAUGCCAAGCAGGAGCUGGCCAACCUGUCGGAGCCCGUCCAGUUCAUGGUGACGGCCCGGGGGUUCCAUGACGCACACAUCUGGGAGACCACCGUGAAGCUAGCCCUGGCCGGACAUCCUCAUCCUUUAGCCCUGACGAAGGGUGGCAUUGAAGAAAUGCUGUCAAGAGCCUGGGACUCCCAACCCAGAGUUAUCAAGUUUCCUCGAAAACAUCAGAGGGGCUCCUCUGCCAAUGGGCUGAGGCGACAGAAGAGAGACUGGGUCAUCCCACCUAUCAACGUGCCUGAAAACUCCCGAGGACCCUUCCCUCACAUGCUUGUCAGAAUCCGCUCAGAUCAGGACAAGGCGUCUGGCAUCCGCUACAGCAUCACGGGAGCCGGCGCCGAUCAGCCCCCGAGUGGGAUCUACAACAUAGACCCCAUCAGCGGCAACAUGUUUGUCACCCAGCCCCUGGACCGAGAGGAGAGGGCCUCCUUCCAUCUGCGAGCCCAUGCAGUGGACAUGAAUGGCAACCAAGUGGAGAAUCCGAUCGAUCUGUACAUCUAUGUGAUCGACAUGAACGACAACAGACCUGAGUUUCAGAACCAGGUGUACAACGGCUCCGUGGCUGAAGGGUCCAAACCAGGCUCAUCUGUGAUGCAGGUGACAGCCACCGACUCGGACGACUCCACCACAGCUAACGGCAUGGUGCGCUACCGCAUCCUGUCACAGUCGCCCCACAGUCCCAUCCCCAACAUGUUCACCAUCAACAGCGAGACCGGAGACAUAGUGACGGUGGCAGCCGGCCUGGACAGAGAGAAAGUGUCCCAGUACACCAUCAUUGUCCAGGCCACUGACAUGGAGGGCAACUUGAACUUUGGCUUGUCCAACACAGCCACGGCCCUUAUCAGCAUCACCGACAUCAACGACAAUCCCCCAGAACUGACAGUCAGAACGUUUUCAGGGGAGGUGCCAGAGAACAAGGUGAAUGUGGUGGUGACCAACCUGACGGUGGUGGACAGGGAUCAGCCCCACAGCCCCAACUGGAACGCCGUCUACCGCAUCGUCAGCGGAGACCCCACUGGACACUUCACCAUCCGCACCAACCCCAUCACCAACGAGGGCAUGCUGACAGUGGUCAAGCCGGUGGAUUUUGAGAUGAAUCGUGCCUUCAUGCUGACCGUGGUGGUUUCCAACCAGGCCCACCUGGCCAGUGGCAUCCAGUCCUCGCUUCAGUCCACAGCGGGAGUAACCAUUUCGGUUCAGGAUGUGAACGAGCCGCCUGUCUUCCCUGUCAACCCCAAGAUGAUCCGCUUUGAGGAGGGUGUGCCCGCAGGGACCACUCUUACCGUGUUCGCUGCUCAGGACCCUGACCACUUCAUCCACCAGAUUGUCAGGUACUCCAAGCUGUCAGAUCCAGCUAACUGGCUGAAGAUCAACAGGACCAAUGGUCAGAUCACCACCAUGGCCCUGCUGGACCGAGAGUCCAUGUACGUCAAAAACAACGUGUACGAGGCCACAUUCCUGGCGUUCGACAAUGGUAAGUCCGGCUCGCCUCAAGCGAGCGGGACAGGAACCCUCCAGAUUUACCUGAUCGACGUGAAUGACAACGCGCCGGUGCUGAUACCCAGGGAGUCCCAGGUGUGCGAGCACGCGCGCCCCAACUCCAGGGUCAACAUCACAGCCGCAGACGCGGACGCCGACCCCAACGUGGGGCCCUUUGUCUUCGAGCUGCCUUCUUUCCCCGCCAGCGUUCGCCGCAACUGGACUAUCUCCCGACUCAACGGUGACUAUGCUCAGCUGAGGCUAAGGAUCUCUUACCUGGAGGCGAGUGUGUACGAGAUCCCCAUCAUCGUGUCCGAUUCGGGGAACCCUCCUCUGUCCAACCGCUCUGUGAUUAGAGUCAAAGUUUGUCCCUGUGACGAUAACGGGGACUGCAGCGCCACAGGGGCUGUGGCGGCCGCCGGCCUCGGCACCGGGGCCAUCAUCGCAAUACUCAUCUGCAUCAUCAUACUGCUCAGCAUGGUUCUGCUGUUUGUGGUGUGGAUGAAGCGCAGAGAGAAGGAGCGGCAGGCGAAGCCCCUGCUCAUCGACCCCGAGGACGACGUCAGAGACAAUAUCCUCAAAUAUGAUGAGGAGGGAGGAGGAGAGGAGGAUCAGGACUAUGACCUGAGCCAGCUGCAGCAGCCCGAGUCUUUAGACCACAUCAUCAGUAAGCCGGCGGGGGUGCGCAGGGUGGACGAGAGACCUGUGAUUGCUGAGUCACAGUACCCCGUCAGACCCAGUCUGCCCCACCCUGGAGAUAUAGGAGACUUCAUCAAUGAUGGUCUGAGGGCAGCAGACAACGACCCCACAGCUCCUCCCUACGACUCCCUGCUGGUGUUCGACUACGAGGGCAGCGGUUCAACCGCUGGAUCCGUCAGCUCACUGAACUCCACUAGCUCAGGGGACCAGGACUACGACUACCUCAACGACUGGGGCCCUCGCUUCAAGAAGCUGGCCGAUCUCUACGGGGGAGGUGACGAUGACUGAGAGCGGGGUGCUGGGUGGGGCUGCGGCAGGAGUCUUUGAGAGGCGGGGUCGGUUGGAUGGAUGCUCCCAGAAACCGCGCAGGGGCCAGGAACACGACGCAGUCUCCGUGGUAGACGUUGUGAGGAACAGACCUCGCUGCUCACAGCGACCGAUGCCCGCAAACAUGAAUUCCCGCCGCAGCGCAACUGUAUUCUGGCUUUAUAUUUCGUAGUGGCGAGUUUCUAGUGUGACGUUUUUGUUUUUUUCUCUUGGUUGUUCUCUCACCGUGCUGGACCCCGGAGCGUUCUGGGGAUGAAUCAAGGCAGUCGUGAGAGACACGAGUAGUGAAUUUGUGCUGAUUUCAUUUUUAAAACAAAAAAACAUCCCUUGCUUUAGUCUCACACUGAAGAGAAUGUUUUUGGGGCGACGCUCUCUGACUCUCUCUCUCUCACUCUGUCAACUUGAAUUUCCUUAGAACAGAAGCACUGUCAUUUUAUAAAGUGCCUUUUGUGGUGUGUUUUUGUAUCAGACUCCUGCUAUCUCAGGAUCGGUUGCCAUUUGUGCAGUGCAGUGGAGGCACGUUCUCGCCCAACCCCCCCCUCACGCUCCUCAAACCAGCCCUUCCUGUCACUCUCCCCUCCCCUUCACAGUGGUGCAGAUGAACAACCCCAGCAGCCAGUCCCAGGAGGGAAGGACACAACCAGGGCAGACUAUCGGAUAUCAUAACCCAAUGAAUUAUGGCCUAAUAGACGAGCCAGUAACAGUUGCUGUGGGGAAGACAACACUCUUCCCCCGAGGACCUGCUCAGUUUGACUUUCACAAGCAUCACCUGUCGACACGCUGACAUUGUGUGAGACCAUUUUUAUACAUGUGGGGGUUUUCUAAUUUAGUGGGGAAUGCCUGCCUUUCCUCUGUGGACUCACGAGUUUAGGAGCCUUUAUGUUGAGAUGCUUGCCUGCCUUGUAUGGUUUUGUGUUGCUCUCUCCACAGUGUAAAGCUUAUGUAGGCAUGAUCUGAGUAGUCAGACGAUGUAAGAAAGUGGAACUUGAAAUGACUUGGAACAAUCUGAAAAAGAUUUUUUUUUUUUUUUUUUUUUUUUUUUUUUUUUUUUUUUUGUCGCCUUGAACAUUCCUGUUUUUUAUAGGCCAACAAAAAUAUUAAAAGGUGCAUGAUUUUUUAUUUUUUUUUCAAGAUGUUUUACUCAAAGCACUUGUUACUAUGUGGUGAGAAUGUGAAAAUAGUCAGCGGAAACUAUAUGAGUAUACUCUGUAUAAAGACACUGAGAAAAUAAAAAUACUGUAAGAUACCUAUUUUUGAAGUAUUGAUGACAUAAAAGUUGCUGCUCUUUCUCUAGCUCUUCAUUGGGCUUAGGGGAUUUUUGGCCCGUUCAUUUUUAAUAUGUGGUUAUUUUUGUUUCUUUGUCUUCUGUUGAAGCAUUAUUCCAUUUUUUUUUUUAAAGAUGCCUGCUUAAAACAUCUUUUGUUUCAGUUUUGCUCUGCUUUUGUUCUCAUGAGAUUGUUUUCUAAAAAAUGCUUUGUUAUACUCCUUUUAUAUGUGAAAACACAGCCUUCCCCUUUCACUCUCUAUUGUCUCUGACAGAUGUGUUCCUUCUGUUGGCCUCUGACCUCGGGACAGAGGAAGGUUCAUUAGCCAUGCCUGCUGAUAGUUGUUCUAUUAUUCAGUGUCCUGGAAUUCUUUUAUUCAAUCAUCUAGAUACUGGAUGUGUGCUUCAGAAAAUAAACAAGACGUGUUUUGAAAA